CUAACGGAUUUGGAGCGAGUCGCCGGCCUCGGAGGAGACUUGGCUUACCUCAUCUUUUCCCGCCCUCGGCUUUGGGGUUUGGAGCUGAGGAAGGAAAGGGAAAGUCCCUUUGGGCUUCAGCCGUUCUUUACUGCCCUGCCUUUCCCAGUCCCUUGUCUAGUGUUCACCUCUAGGAUUAUUUUGCUGCCGUCAUGUCUUGGUUGGUUGAUCUUGCUGGAAAAGCAGAAGAUCUUUUAAACCGAGUAGAUCAAGGGGCUGCAACAGCUCUCAGCCGGAAAGAGACCACCACCAGCAGAAUUGCUGACUACCCUGAACUGCAUCAGCAAAAUACAGAUUUGACUUAUCAGACUGGACCCAAAGCUACUUACAUUUCAUCAGCAGCUGACAACAUUCGAAAUCAAAAAGCCACCAUCUUGGCUGGCACUGCAAAUGUGAAAGUAGGAUCUAGGACACCCGGGGAGGCUUCCCAUCCUGUUGAAAAUGCAUCUGUUCCAAGGCCUUCAUCUCAGUUUGUUCGAAGGAAAAAAUCAGAACCUGAUGAUGAGCUGCUGUUUGAUUUUCUUAAUAGUUCACAGAAGGAGCCCACUGGGAGAGUGGAGCUCAAGAAAGAAAAGGGCAAAGCCCCUGUCUUUCCAAGCUCUCGGACAUCAAAUGUUAGUUCUGUGAACACAGAUGUCACCACCGUCAAAGCCAAUGAAGAAAAUUCUGGAAGCCAAAGCCAUGACGUUGCAAGUAAUUCAGAUCAUGAAUCUGAAGGCCAAGAGGAUUCUUCAAAAAAAGAUGCAUCCUCUAAUGCUGCUAUUCACACUGAUCACAACCCGGCAUCUGGUGAGAAUGGCAACUCUCAUGAACUGUCCAACCUCCGACUGGAGAAUCAGCUGCUGAGGAAUGAAGUUCAGUCUUUAAAUCAGGAAAUGGCCUCUAUACUUCAAAGAUCCAAAGAAAGUCAAGAAGAAUUAAACAAAGCAAGAGCAAGAGUUGAAAAAUGGAAUGCUGACCAUUCAAAGAGUGAUCGAGUAACUCGAGAACUCCGAGCCCAAGUCGAUGACCUGACAGAAGCAGUGGCUGCAAAGGACUCUCAGCUGGCCGUCCUGAAAGUCAGACUCCAGGAAGCUGACCAGCUGCUCAGUACUCGCACGGAAGCACUGGAAGCCCUGCAGAGUGAGAAGUCACGAAUAAUGCAGGAUCACAAUGAAGGAAGUAGCCUACAGAAUCAAGCUCUGCAAACUCUUCAAGAGAGACUGCACGAAGCAGAUGCCACUCUGAAGAGAGAGCAAGAAAGCUACAAACAGAUGCAGAAUGAGUUUGCUACACGCCUUAAUAAAAUGGAAAUGGAACGGCAAAACUUGGCAGAAGCAGUUACUCUGGCAGAAAGAAAAUACUCCGACGAGAAGAAAAGAACUGAUGAACUGCAGCAGCAAGUCAAGCUACACAAGUUGAACUGGGAGUCUUCUAAGCAGGAAUUAAUUGACUACAAGCAGAAGGCCACUAGAAUCCUCCAGUCUAAAGAAAAAUUGAUUAACAGCUUAAAGGAAGGCUCUGGUUUUGAAGGCUUGGAUAGUAGUGCUACUACUAGUAUGGAGCUAGAAGAACUUCGCCAUGAGAAGGAGAUGCAGAGGGAAGAAAUCCAGAAGCUGAUGGGCCAGAUACAUCAGCUCAGGUCUGAGCUACAGGACAUGGAGGCUCAGCAGGUUAGUGAAGCAGAAUCAGCAAGAGAACAGUUACAAGACCUGCAAGACCAAAUAGCCAGGCAGAAGGUAUCAAAACAAGAGCUAGAGACAGAACUGGACCGACUGAAGCAGGAAUUCCACUACAUAGAAGAUGAUCUAUAUCGAACAAAGAACACACUGCAAAGCAGAAUUAAAGAUCGAGAGGAAGAAAUUCAGAAACUCAGAAAUCAGCUCACCAACAAAGCACUAAGUAACAGCAGUCAGUCGGAGCUGGAAAGCCGGCUGCAUCAGCUGACCGAGACCCUCAUCCAGAAGCAGACCAUGCUGGAGAGCCUGAGUACGGAGAAGAACUCGCUGGUCUUCCAGCUAGAGCGCCUCGAGCAGCAGAUGAACUCUGCCUCUGCGGGCGCCAUCAACGGGCCCUCCAUUAAUAUGUCUGCGGUUGACAGUGGCGAAGGCACGCGUCUACGAAAUGUUCCUGUUCUUUUUAAUGACUCAGAAACUAACCUGGCAGGAAUGUAUGGAAAAGUUCGCAAAGCUGCCAGUUCCAUUGACCAGUUUAGUAUUCGUCUGGGAAUUUUUCUCCGAAGAUAUCCCAUAGCACGAGUGUUUGUAAUUAUAUAUAUGGCUUUGCUUCACCUCUGGGUCAUGAUCGUUCUGUUGACGUAUUCACCGGAAAUGCACCGCGACCAGCCAUACAGCAGAUGAACUGAACCCGUGGUUUCAGUGAUUGGUUAUCUUUUGGGGGCCUUGGGGUCUGUAGAAAGGCCAUUUUCUUAGACCUGCUAAGAAAGGUGCACAGGAUUAUUUUAUCACUACAAGCUUUUAACAUUCUAAGUUAUUGUAUAAAUUCUCUGCUAAAUCUUCCUCUUCCUUCCUUCAAAUGAUAGGAGUUUCUAAACAAACAGUAAUUUAACAAGCCCACUCUGCGUUUUCUGAGUCCAGUGGUCCUGAUACAUACAGAGAAAGAUAUGGGGGUUGUUCACAUCUGUACAGAUGUUGCUGUAUUUUAGGUUAUACUGAUUAUGGGUUAUAAUCAGGGAAACUAAUUGUAUUAGUCAUAAAAAUAAAAAGUUUGCUUUUUUGAUAGCACAGUCUGCUUUUAUAUUUUCCUGUAUUUAACUUUACGAAUGGAGAUUUACUUUUUAUAUGUUAAAAGCCAGACUGGCGUAAACCUUUUUAUAUAAUACAUGAAUAAAAUUGACUGUUUGUUUUUCCUUUUUAAAUGCUGGUUUUUCAUCCCCAUCAAACAAGAACUUUCCAGGUGGACCUGAGUGAGUGGAGCCAGGAAUAACACCGGUCCCUGAGCAGUGAUCGCGGAGGCUUGCAGCUGCUCUUGGCGGAAGCCCCGUCUCCCCUCUCCAUCCCGUGCCGCCUGCCUUUGGUUCUUGUUCACACGCCACUGUCUUCCUCCACCUCUCCUUUUCUCCAGCCCGCACCUUGGAUUCGUGGCAGCGCAUCCACCCAUAGCCUGCUUGUGGCAUUUAGCAAACAAAGCUGUUUGGGCGGCCUGUGCACUUUAGUAACACUGGUGCAAAAUACUCUAGACUUUCACUUUGAACUUUUAAGUCCAGUAUAAUGCCUGCUUGACUCUGCUUUUCAUCUUACGUCUGAAUUCUUAAGUAGUUCUGUCACUGCGUCCUGGUGGUUUCUUCAUAUGUGGUUAAUACGCAUAUGUGCAUCUGGGGCUUUGUGAGGGUCUAGUCUUUGUGGGGGAGGUUGUCUUUUUAUUUUUACUUUUUUCCAGUACUGGGGUUUGAACCCACGGUGCCCCUGCACCAAGAUACAUCCCCAGUCCAUUUAUUUGUAUACAUUUAUUUGUAUUUCAAGACAUGGUCUCUGUAAGUUCCCCAGACUAGGCUCAAACUUAGAACCCUCCUGCUUGAGCCUCCAGAGUGCUGCAAUUUCCAGCAAGCAGCACCAUGUCCAGCUUCCCGAGUGAUGUUCUGACGUAGUCACUUGGUGCCUGACUGAAGACCCGACCAGAUCCUAUUCCUAGUGAUAUCUCUGCCUGACUAGCAUGUAAACCUAUAAAUCCUCCAAAAGUUAUGGCCCACUAUGAGGUAUGUGUGUUUCUUAUUUUUCAUCACAAAAAGUUCAUGUUAGGUGUGUUUAGGCUUUUUUUUUUCAACUUACAAAUGAAAAAGACAAAAAAAUUUACAUCAUGUAAAUGUAUUUGGGGUUGACAUAGAGGCACAGUACUAAAUCUGAGAUUUGUGCCUCAGUUCUUCCUCAGUCUGAGUUGUGAAGUCUGGUCUGACCUCAAACAGAAGAAUUUCAUCUUGUUAAUGUAUUUUAAAAGUCCUCUCCCUCUUUCUAAUUUGGAAACAUUUCUGGAAAAUGAUUAAAACCAGGUUACAUAAAUAAAAUGGAAAACAGCA